CCGGGGGGCGGCGGCGCGGGCGGGCCAUGCUCCGGGACUCCCCGUCGCUGUGGGAGCUGGUGGAGGAGCACGUUCCGCUCCCGGAGCGGCCCGAAGUGAAGAGGCUUCUGGGGGAGACGACGGUGGACCUGAGCCUGGAGCUGCGGGCAGAGGUGGGGCGUGGGCGGAGGGGCCACACUCCAGGCCUGUCCCAAGACUCGGGUGAUUUCCCCACCUCCCCUCGGGCCCCCCGUCCUGCCCGAGAACUCCCGAGGUCCUGCCGCCCAGCCCUCUAGACUGCGCUCUGCCCCUCAUGAGGUCCCCCAGCCCCCUCCACUCCCGUCACUGCUCUCCCCCCUCACAAGGUGUGCCAGCUCUCCUUGCAGGUGGUGACGCUACAGGCCCUGCUCCGGGAGGCUCGAGCCUCCCGAGCCUCGGGCUCCCGCCCCACCUCUGAGCCCUCCUGGCUUCUGGCACCGCCGCCCCUCCUAAGAGACCUCCUGCGCCAGGAGCUGAGGCAGCUGCUCCUGAGUCUCCGCCAGAAGGCCAUCCGCGAGGGCAGGGACCAGACCCAGGCUUGGGUCCAGUACAGCCCCAGGGUCCUGCGCUUUGCCUUGGAGGAGCCUAGGUGUGAUUUGCCAGAACAGAAAAUCCAGAUGAGGAGUGAACCCAGUGGUCAGAGGAACCUCAGCGUCAUCAAGGACCAGCUGAACGUGUCCAGCAUCGACCAGUUUGCUGGACACCUGCGGAGCCUCCUGGAGGAGGAGUGUCACACCUUGGAGAGGAUGGUCCCCAUCCUGCAGCGCUGCCUGGAAGAGGAGUAUACAGGGGCACCCCAGCCCUCUGAGGCAACCCUAGAGCCCACCCUGGCAGAGCUAAAGGAACAGAAGGCAGCCAUGCAACAGGAGCUGCAGGCACCUCUGAGGCCCCCCUGCGCCUCCUCCAGCCGCAGGCAGCAGCCCAUGGGGUCCUCCAGCCAGGGUCUCGGGCCCGUGCCUCGCCUCCAUGGGGCUUCAGGAGCUUGGGCUGGGCCUCUCCAGUGCUGCCGGCCUGCUCCUCCUCCGGGGCACCACCCCCAACCCCGAGGCCUGGCCACUGCCUGCCGCUGGGGACGGCAGCUUCAGUGCGGCCCGCGGACAAAGCCAGCUUCUGCUCCAGUGUCCAGCGCAGCAGCUCAGGCCCCCACCUGAGGGGCUGGUCACGAGGGAGGCUUCAGCUUCUGCUGGACCUCACGCCAGCUGCUGCCUCUCCGCCGCUAUGGCCCAGCCUGCUUCAGAUCUGGUCUCGGAUGGGCCCUUGCCAGGACACCAACACUGUCCGUUUUUUCUGGCCCUUGCCCCCCACCCCCCUCGCCAAGUCCCUAGUGCCCGGUUCUGACAAUCAGAACCUUUGGCCCUCUUUCUCCCGGCUCUCCACAAAGGCCUGGCAGGCAGAGGUCUCAUCCCAGCCCCGACUCUUGUCCCCCUGGGGGACUCAGACAAAGCACAGCAGCAGCUCAGAGA